AUGCCCGAUGACCCACGUCUCGAGGCAUGCGAACCAUUACUUGAUGCCGCGCCGAAACCGACUGGCGCUUUAUUUGGCAAUGCUGCUUCCAAUCCCUCUAAGAUCCCAGGCCGUCAUACUGGGUUUGGAUUUUUUGACUCUUCUGCUUCGGAUCCCUCCAAACCCCCAGACGGCCAGACUGGUGGAUUGUUUGGCGGCAUUCAGCCUCCCGACCAAAGUCAGACUGGUGGAUUAUUUGGCAGCAUUCAGCCUCCCGACCAAAGUCAGACUGGUGGGCUAUUUGGCGGCAAACAACCUCCCAAGCACAGUCAGACUGGUGGAUUAUUUGGCAAUGCUGCUUCGAAUCCCUCUAAGAUCCCAGGCCGUCAUACUGGGUUUGGAUUUUUUAACUCUUCUGCUUCGGAUCCCUCUAAACCCCCAGACGGUCAGACUGGUGGAUUGUUUGGCGGCAUUCAGCCUCCCGACCAAAGUCAGACUGGUGGAUUAUUUGGCAGCAUUCAGCCUCCCGACCAAAGUCAGACUGGUGGGCUAUUUGGCGGCAAACAACCUCCCAAGCACAGUCAGACUGGUGGAUUAUUUGGCGGCAUGCAGCCUCUCAACCAUAGUCAUAAUGGUGGGCUAUUUGGCGGCAAACAGCCUCCCAACCACAGUCAGACUGGUGGAUUAUUUGGCGGCAUUCAGCCUAUCAACCACAGUCAUACUGGUGGAUUGUUUGGCAGCAAACAGCCUCCUAACCACAGUCAGACUGGUGGAUUAUUUAGCAACAUUCAGCCUCUCAACCACAGUGAUACCGACACUAGUAGUCAAUUAUCCGAUGGCGUUUCUCCUUCGAAAAUAAUCAAUAGCCCAAAAGAUCAUACAGGUAAUGGUUUGUUUUCUGCUACUGCUCCAAACCCUUCCAAGGCUACAAACAGUCAUAGUCUUGGUGGCCUAUUUGGAGAGCACAACACUAGCGCAGAACGCGAUGCAGACGCUGAGAAUCCCGGCCUUGGACUGCGCAUCCAUGCAGACGCAUUAAGCAACUUUGUCAAUGCUCCAGAAAAUACUACCAAUAGUAUACUGACACAGCUGGCGCAUGACUGUGAACGGAAGCGCCUUUUUGUAUGCUGCGACGGCACCUGGAACAACGCUUCAGGCACAGCUGCACCCAUGACCAAUGUGGCAAAGCUAGCUAGGGCUGUUUCCCGGCUUGGAAGAGACGCUUGUGGAAUUCCAAAGAGUCGAGUGGACGGGAAGAGCCGCGCCACCGAAGAUCAACGAUAUGGUGUUGUCAGGCAAGUGGUAUAUUACUCCAGUGGUAUAGGGACUCAGUCAACCUUGGCAGUUGACAGUCUUUUCUCGGGGGCUUUUGGUAAAGGAAUCGAUGCGAAUAUUCUGGCUGCUUAUUGCUUUCUGUGCAACAAUUUUAAUGGACGAUCCUACCUCGAUGAGAUUAUCUUGGUUGGAUUCUCUCGAGGCGCAUUUGCCGUUCGAUGCCUCGCACAUUUCAUUAAUGCUGUUGGUCUGCUUCGGCGAAAAGGCCUAGUUUUUCUUCCGACAAUUUACCAAUCUUGGAAAAGAAGUGCAGAAGGCCUAAAGGGCGCAUCAAAGAAACUACAAUCCGAACUAGAGACCUUGGGCCACCUCCGAAUGCCUGGUAUCACUAUCAAGGUGCUUGCCGAAUGGGAUACUGUUAGUGCUGUGAGGUCAGUUUGGCCGUGGAAGAAAAAGAAGCUGUCAUUCGUAAGAGACAGAGUUCCGGAGAAUGUUAAGCAUGUCUUCCAUGCCGUCGCAAUGCAUGAGAAGAGGAAGAGCUUCAAACCGAUGCUCUGGAAAGAAAAGGUCGCGUCUCACACCAAAGUUGAACAAUGCGCUUUUGUCGGCUGCCACUCUGAUAUUGGGGGUGGGAAUGCAGAUCCUGGCCUUUCAACGCUGACCCUUUUUUGGAUGGUCUCGCGAAUUGAAAGUGUCUGCGGGGCGGGAUUCGACUAUGAGGCUUUACUUCCUUUUGUUACACCCUUGCAAGCCUCGUCGAGGGAAAAGCUCAUGCAGCUCAAUAACCUGGCAAUUACAAAAGGGCGAGUCAAUGAGUCGCGAAAAGGCCUUUGGCUGGUAACCUACUACCUGAGUCUGGGUCUUUUAGACGGAAAGCGUGAUUCAUUCUUAUAUCAGUUUGCCCAAUUUGCUCGGCCUCAAAACUGCAAUGAGUGUACGAGAUUGAACGCAAAGCCGUCAAUAUCGGAAGCAGUCGAGCUUCAGAUUCAUUUUUCCGCACGCCUACUUCACACCAGACUCAGCUCGGAUCCGCGAUUAAAAUGCGGUCUCUUCGAGAAGUUUCGACUGGAUACUCGAACUAGACAGUGGCACAAAAGAUCGUCUGAUUCGCUAUCCAUCGAUGAAGCUAGAGUUUCCGCGCACGAGGAAAAAUUCCUUGCUGCUUGGAUUGAGCUUGCUGUGGCAAUUGUCGAGAGAAAGGAUGAUUUCGGAUUCUUUGAGGGCAUAAACUGGAGAGAGAUCCAACAAGGACUAAAAGCCCUCGGCUGGGGGGAUUCUGCUGAUGAAUGCCCGUAUUCCGAAUCGCUUAUUAGCCUUAUACAGGAAGAGGUUAAAAGGAGGCAGGAUAUAGCUCUAAUGGCUACUAAAUAA